GCCGAGUGAGACCGAGACCGAGUCCGACGUCGUUCGACCGCUCGUCGACGUGUCGACGAAUGUCCGCGAGUAGGGUCUAACGCCACGCUCGUGUUCGAGGAGGACAUCGUCGGGGUCGGGGCCACGGGGCGGCGGUGAUAACCGUGAUAAUGGGACUCUGAAAGGCCAUAAUCGCGCGAAUCUUGAGAUUGGAUCGGCACAGAAAAGUUGUCCUAUAUACGAUAGACUCAAAUAAUUCAAAUAAUAAUUAUGAAAUUCCAGGGAACUGUCUAGAAUGAACAACGAAUAUUCCUGCUGAAGGUUGACGAGUCAUUGUGAGCAAUGAUACAGAUAAAAGUUGUCGCAUCUAGGGGUGACAUUUUGUAGCUGUUAAACAUUUAUAUGUUCUUUUGUAUCAAAUUCAGCGAUUAUUUAUUUGCAUUUUGGCAUUGAGAAAUGCCAGCACCAUCUCUGACUCUCUCAAGCUUGCCAGAAACACCUAUGUGUGAAAAAACAGAAGUCAAUGAUAGCGAUUCUCUGCCCCCUUGGGCCAAAAUUACUCUCACAUCUGCAGAAGCUGAAAUCGAAAAGCUGAUCUCGCGAAAUGAGUUGAAAGACGCAGAGGUAACUUACUUCUGUCAAGUAGAACCAAUUCUUCAAGAUGGACCACAGUGUGGUUUAGUGGCGCUUUCAAUGGCAUCGCAGGAAUACACAAAACCAGUUUCUGUGAAUCAACUACUUGCUGAAGCUCGUGUUCGAGGCUUCACACAACAUGGAGAAGUGUAUAGCGUCGAUUUUAUGGGAACGUUGGCUGCGGAAUAUUUGCCCGAUCAUAAACCAGACAUUUUAGUGGAUUUACAACAAUGCCCGGACACGUUAACUCAUGCUUUAGCACAUGGAGCGAUGGUGCUGAUACCAUAUGAUUCCGACUUCAAUCAUGCUCCGUGUUUAAAAAAAGGUCAUAAAGCGCAUUGGGCAUUGCUUGUGGGUCUAAUCUCUUCUAGACAAGGAUAUCACGUUUUGGCACGUCACGGUAAAUCGCGUCAUCUGGCUUGUUGGCCAUUACGCGAUUUGAUUGAAAGUAAUGGCAACUUGGAGGAAGAGGGUACAGCGAGACACGCAGGAGGAUAUGUUAUACCAAAGGGUGGAGUCGGCGGUCAAAAGGGUUUACGCGGUAGAGCAUUGGCAUUACAUCCGUACAUAUAGAGUUAUAUCAAAGAGAAUUGUAGGUAAUUGAUUUUCACGCUAGAAAGAAAAAAAUUUGUCGGUACUGUGUAUCCACAUGUGCUAAAUAUUCGAAACAUAACUUUUCGAUCAAUACACACUCACAUAUACAGCUUUCAUAAGAAUCGAUUGAUAAUUAUGUAUAACAUGCGAUGCUUUAAUUAAUACACAUAUUUGAAUUCGCGCGAAAUAUUUUACAUAAUGUUAGUCAUGAUGUUUACCAAAAAGCGUUCGGCGUCGGAGAUGUAACUUUAAGUGGCAUUAUUUUCGUUUUACUGGAAUUAUAUGAUGUAAAUAAGAAUUCCGGCAGGCCGAAAUAUGUGCACGCAAAAUAUAAAUACAGAAAUAAUUGUCUCUUGAUAGUAUUAUGUCUUAUUAGAUCGAAAUGCAAAAGUGUUGCAUGCAUAUAGUAAGGCAAAGGAGACACAUAAAAAUAUUUACAAAAGUAUAUAUAUAUAUAUAUAUAUAUAUAUAUAUAUAUAUAUGCAUAUAUGUGUGUGCAUGCGUGCGUGUACGUAUGUGUGUAUGUUGUAACAAGUUGUUAUUGAAAGUGAUAGUCCAGAAAAGAAAAUCUAAAUAUAUUUCUUUAAACAGAAUAUGUGUAGGUUUUCGGCAACAAUUGUGGUUUCCGUCUUACGUUAAUGCAAUAAAUAAAAAAUAAAUCUAUAUCAGUUUUUUGCUAAACUGCAUCUUAGGUAUAAUAAAUAAAUAGCAUGCUGUAUCAGCUUUAAUAUACAAGUUUUAAGACAUUUAAUAUAUGCAGCAUGUUUAAGUUAUUUAAGUUAUAUAUCUCUAAUAGAGAUAUAAUAAGACCUCUUUAGAAAAAGAAAUUUAUAUAUACAUGUAUAGAUUAAUAGUAAAGUACAGUAUUACAGAGUUUUCCAUUAUAUUAAAGAAAGCGUAUAUUGUUUGACGGAAUUUGUUUGUUUUUUUUUUUUUAAUUGCAAGCUAAUGUUUUAAUAUUUAUUUAUAGCUAUAUAAACUCGAUUUUUUAAAAAUAUACAUACAUAAACGCGCGCGCGCGCGCACACACACACACACACGCACACACACGCGCGCGCGCGCGCGCGCGUGCACACGUACACAUAUACACACACGUAUACAUACAAAAUAAAAGACUUAAAAAAAUACUCAAUGACUGGCUGGUCUUUUCAGUCAUAUAAAAAUAUUCCAUACAUUUUAUAUAAAAUCUGUCAAUAUGAUACUCGUAAUAAUAAAACAAAGAGAUGCUAUAAAUUUGUAGACUUGGUAUAGCUUCGAAUUAAUCAAAAGAAGCCUUUAAAAUAAAUUUUACCUAAGUGCCGUGAAAAGACCGAUGUCCAUUUAUAAUAAGAAAUAUGCACUCUGUAUCAAUAUACAUUGCCCAAUUUUCAAGCUUCUCUUAUUUAUCAUUACAUCUUAAUCAAAAUACUCUAUAAAUAUUUAUUCACGUAGACUUUUUCUGAAUUUCAUACGCAUCCAGACAAUACAAUGAUUAAAAAUUAUUUAAAAACUAGAAGGAUGUUUCUCAAACUUUAUGUGAUAUCUCUUACAUGUUUGUUAUCUGGAGUAUUAAAGUAAAUAUUAAAGUAAAUAUUUUUUGCGAGAAUUAUCAAUAUAAGCGCGAUGUGUAAAAAUAUAAGUGAACAAUGUCUUCCGUUACCAUCACGAUACAGUCUUUACAUAUAUCUUCCACAAAAUAGAUAAAAAACAGUACAUAUAUAACAACUAUACAUUACAUGCUUUAAAUAUAGCAUAACAUAUUGAAGAUUACAUUGAUUUCUAUGUAAAAUUGUUUAAAUAAUUAUAAAAAUAUACAAUUUUUUGUUGUUAGUAAUUUAAAAAAUGAUUAUUAUAGUUAUAUGAUAUGUUAUAGAGUGCAAUAUUUAUAAUUACAACAUUAGUUAUGUUAUAUAUGCUUGUAUUCAUGUUAUUUAUUAAUAGUUUUUAAUUUUAAUUUGAAAAAGAAAAUAAAACAUUUGAUAUAAUUUAUAUUAACCAAAGUGACUGUAUCGGAUGUAAUUGGUGCUAUGCUCGAAUAGGUGAAAACGAUUACUACACUUUUCUGGAAAAUGUUCUAUGAGAAAAUUUGAUUUCUAAGUUAUGAAAUUAAUGUGCAACGAGUAAACGUAAGAAUUUCUGCUUAUAGAGUACAUCAAUAAUAAUCCAUGUAUAUAUCAUAUGACACAAAAUAUACUAAAAAUGUUAUGUUUCACGAUUGGAAA